GAAAUCCGUUUUGCAUUUUGCAGAAAGCUGCGUAUUAUCCCAUUGGGUAAUUUUCUAAAAGAAUCGAUAAAUCAAAGCAAUCCAUUUCGAGAUCCCUUUCAGUCCAAUCUCUGGGGCAGAGAUUUGCACAGGGGACAUUUCUCCCUCCUUCCACCUUUUGGUCCUGUUAGGGAAAAAGGUUCAAGCUUGGCCUUGUUUAUCCCAGGGCAUGCAACCCUUUGUGUCACGUUGCCAUGGCUCCGUGCAAACAAAUGAAAGGAACAGCACAACUUUCGUUUCCUUCCACACACCUGGUCACUUUUCUUCCUUUGAGACUUGUUUUCUGGACUCUUGAGCAGAUUCUCCAAAGUUUAAAUCCCAUUCAAGGAUGAGUUUUGUCCCUCGGUCUUCGGUCUGAGUACGUUCCUUAGGAGCAGCCAGUUGAUGAGUAGCAUCGCACCCAUGGAGAAGUGAGUAGAAGGCCUGAUCUUUGGGAAACACUGUUAUGGGCUGAUUUGGACAGGGCUAAGGUCUGUAUGAAUCCCUUUCCACGGAAGGUCCAUUCCAAUUGCUCAGAGGUCAAGGUUGUGUUAGACCCCUACAACUCUUCACUGAUGGCACCGUUGACUCCACACAAUCUCCGCUUUGGAAUGAAGACACCAUGCUACUAAUCUGGCAGGUGAAAUCAUUGACUAUUAGUUCGAAAUAUCCAUCCUUCUUUGGAGACCUUCUCUGGGAUACUCCUGGCCAUGGCUGGAAAAGGAGGGGAACCCCGCGUCCCGACCACCUUGCAGAAAUCCCGCCUGAAGACCGAGGAGAAGAUCCUGGAUUUUGACUUCCAGCUGGAGAGCGUGCAAUUUAAUGAACUCGGGAAGUACGUCCUGCGGUUGACCGCAGAAAAUCCACUGGUGGAGGGCUCGGGAGCUGGGGUGCAGCUGCGGGUGAACGACGGAGAAGUGCUUCACACCAACACAGCCACCACCAACGUGGUGGAGCAGGCCAACCUCAGUGAAGUCUACAUGUUUGAGAAGCGGAGGUUUCUCUUCAUCCUGCCCAAAGGUUUCUGCAAAAACGAUAAAAACCACGACGCUCGACUGCGGAUUGAAGCUUUACGCCAGCGUGGGACCUUCCUGAAGACCAACGUGAAGGCAGGAGAAGCCUUCUUCGCUAUUUACCCCCGCACCAACCAGCCUAGAAUAAACCUCUUUGCUAGCAAGGAUGAAGAUCUAUACCGUUACAGUGAUAUCAUGGUGCUUCUCCGGGCUGGUGGCAAUGAUUUGGCCAUGCAUUGUGGGAGAUUGGCUUACACGGUAUCGUUUCACGAGCACCGGCCCGGAGCCAAGAGAGAGAUACCCAUCACGCCACGCCAUCUUUCUCCUUUGGUCCCUCGCAAGGAAGAUAAGAUGCAGACGGAGGUGGGAAGCUCUUUUCUGGGGGUCCAGCCAGAGAGGAGCCCAGGGAGUACACUUGAACGAUCAUCUCGCGUGUCACUGGCUGCAGAAUCCCAUAUUCGCGGG